AUGGACACCGCUAGUGAGGAUAACGUUAAAACGGACGAUGCGAGUAGUCCGAAGAAGGAGUUGCCUGCGAAUCUUCAAAAAAUUUGCCUCGUUUGUGGAGACAAAGCUCUUGGUUAUAACUUUAACGCAAUUUCCUGCGAGAGUUGCAAGGCGUUUUUUCGUCGAAACGCAUUAGUCAACAAGGAGUUUAAAUGCCCCUUCUCCAACAACUGUGAGAUAACUGUAUUAACCCGGAGAUUUUGUCAAAAAUGUAGGUUAGAGAAAUGCCUGUCCGUAGGUAUGGUGAAGGAGUUUAUCAUGUCAGAUGAGGAUAAAGCGGAAAAGAGACGGAAAAUCGAAGAAAACCGAGCUAAAAAACGGCAGUUAAACGAUUCAGACGAUUCUGUGUCAAGUUCUAAGAACUUCAGAAGAGAUGAUGAAUUGAACAAUUAUGUUCCGCCUAUGCAUGACACAGGUUUACAAUAUAAUGUACUGAAUAGUACAACAUGCAGUCCACACAGUACCGCCCAAUACUCUCCCUCGCCUCUGAACACUGACCUGGAUAAUACUAUGAGUACAGCUGUGUACAACCAGUACGUCCCGGUGCAAAGCACAGACCAGCCAUAUACAAUGAAAGUGUACCCCAUAGAUGAGAAGACCAUUAUAAAUAGAGCGGUAUAUGACCAGAGGGUUGUGGAGGCUGGAUAUAGUAAUAUUUGUGACAGUAUGGACAGCAUGUACGAACAACCUAAACAGAAUAGCAUAAGGUCGAUACUGACGAACGGGAGUGCAGCCGUAGACGAGGUAGCGGAUAAGGAGCAAAGUCACGUUUGCGAAGAGAUGCCGUCCACCAGCACCAACCCCGAUGUCAACAAAGCGAGGGACAUACUGCAAGAUGUUGAGAGGAUAGAGCCGAACUCUAUGGAGUCAAUACUGUGCGAGGCGAUCAAACUGGAGUUCGAGGCGUACACCUCGGUUGGCAGCUGUAGCGGAUCCUCGCGAGAACUCAAUGAGGUGGAAAGGGCGAAGCUGAACGAGCUCAUAGUGGCCAAUAAGGCCCUGCACGCGCCCAUCGAUGACGACCUCUCGCAACUCAUAGGAGAGGUGGCUUCCGCCGGUCUGAAGGACGGCAACGGCGACCACGACCCCAUGCUCAUCACCAUCGUGAACCUGACGGCGGUCGCCAUCCGGAGGCUCAUCAAGAUCGCCAAGAAGAUCAACGCGUUCAAGAACAUGUGCGAAGAGGAUCAGAUUGCUUUGUUGAAAGGUGGCUGCAUAGAAAUGAUGGUCCUCCGGAGUACAAUGACAUACGACGGCCAAAGAAAUCAAUGGAAGUUGCCGCACAGCCACGAGCAGUACGGCAGCAUUCAGACGGACGUGCUGAAGCUGGCCAAGGGCAACAUCUACCGCUCGCACGAGCAAUUCAUCCGCUCGUUCGACGCGCGCUGGCGCACCGACGAGCACGUCAUCCUCAUCAUGUCGGCCAUACUGCUGUUCACGCCCGACCGCGCGCGCGUCGUGCACCGCGACGUCAUCAAGCUCGAGCAGAACUCGUACUACUACCUGCUGCGCCGCUACCUGGAGAGCGUGUACCCGGGCUGCGAGGCCAAGUCUACCUUCCUGAAGCUGAUCCAGAAGAUCCUGGAGCUGCGGAAGUUCGCCGAGGAGGUGACGGGCGUGUACCUCGACGUGCACCCCAUCGAGCCGCUGCUAAUGGAGAUAUUCGACCUGAAGCACCACGCCGCAUGACGUCGCCGCACCGCACUCGCCCCGCUAUCAAGACCCUCGGCGGUAAGCGAGCCACCUGCCAAUUUACACAAGACUCGAUAUAUUUUAUUUCCUAGAACCGCUAGGCCUUUUUUAAGUUUACUAUUACUGUUAUUGUAUUCAUAUUACACUAAAAAAGUGCCAAAUUUUCUCAAGCUGACUACGCCGAUGUUGAUUUUUAAGCCAAAUCUCUAUAUGGCAUUAAUAUUUUGAGUUUGGGGGGAUAAUGUUAACACAAUACUUUAGUAAUUGCAAAUUUGACCUUGAAUUUUCCUCCGUGCUUUGACAAGCAAGUUAAGGCACCUGGUCACAAUGAUUGAGACCAUAUUUUUUGGUAAGAUCACUGAACACAUCGUUCGCGUGUGGCCAACCAAAAAUCUCGUCCCCCAAACAAAUUACUGAGAUAUAUUUAAGAAAUUAUG